AUGUUCUUACAAUGGUUGAUGUUAUGGUAUACACUUGCAUUUGCAGUUUGCGCCACCGAAUUUGGCCAUCUAAGGAGAAGUGGUAAAAUACCAUGGUAUUUAUCAACAUCAGUUUCUUCCAAUUCUGGAAUUUUAACAAAUUAUGAUAGUAGUAAUUGGAAUCCAUAUCAAACAAUAGAUCGUACAGUGAUACCACAACAUCGACAAAUAGCAACAUCUGAUCAAAAUAGCGCCACUCAAUUAUUGGAAAAUAAUGGAGAAUUAUUAUGGAACAUUCGAAAUGCACUUCAAAAAAUCACUUCACAAAUAAACGUAAAUGACUUACGUCCAAUAUGGAAUAGUAUUCAAAAUGGUGCAUUGGGUGAAAAAAUUGAAAUGUUUUUGCAACAGCAACAACGAGAAAAACAAUUCCAGAGGAAUGGUUAUGAUACAAUUUGGAAGCAAUCAAGACAAUCGAUUCCUUUUCCAUAA